GUGGUCCAUGAUUUAUUGGGGGAUGGCUUUUGGGCAUUGGCAUUAAUAGUAGUGCCGGCAAGUAUCUGUCAGCCACCCCUAUAUCUAUUUUUGUUUUUUGUUUCUUCCCCAUUUUUGAGUGAGAAAGAAGGAGACUCAGUGACUGUGAGUGAGGGAGGGAGGAAGAAAAUGAGGGAGAUAAUAAGCAUUCACAUUGGACAAGCAGGGAUCCAGGUUGGGAAUGCUUGUUGGGAGCUUUACUGUCUUGAACAUGACAUUAAACCUGAUGGUACCAUGCCCAGUGACACUUCUGUAGGUGUUGCACACGAUGCUUUUAACACAUUCUUCAGUGAGACUAGUUCCGGAAAGCAUGUGCCCAGAGCUAUUUUUGUUGAUCUGGAACCCACUGUCAUUGAUGAGGUCAGGACAGGGCAUUACAGACAACUUUUUCAUCCUGAGCAACUUAUUUCUGGCAAAGAAGAUGCUGCUAACAAUUUUGCCAGAGGACACUACACAGUCGGGAGGGAAAUUGUUGACCUAUGCCUUGACCGAGUAAGAAAAUUGGCUGAUAAUUGCACUGGUUUACAAGGUUUUUUGGUAUUCAGUGCUGUUGGUGGUGGCACUGGUUCUGGUUUGGGCUCGUUACUUCUUGAACGGUUGUCAGUGGAUUAUGGGAAGAAGUCAAAACUUGGUUUCACUAUUUAUCCUUCUCCUCAGGUGUCUACUGCAGUUGUAGAACCGUACAACAGUGUACUCUCCACACACUCUCUCCUUGAACACACAGAUGUGGCUGUGCUUUUGGACAAUGAAGCUAUAUAUGAUAUCUGCAGGAAAUCCUUAGACAUUGAGAGACCAACAUACACCAACUUGAACCGCUUAAUUUCCCAAAUUAUCUCUUCUUUGACCACAUCCUUGCGGUUUGAUGGUGCCAUUAAUGUGGAUAUUACAGAGUUUCAAACAAACCUUGUGCCAUAUCCUCGUAUUCAUUUUAUGCUCUCAUCUUAUGCCCCGGUGAUUUCAGCUGCAAAGGCUUACCAUGAGCAAUUGUCAGUUCCUGAGAUCACAAGUGCUGUGUUUGAGCCCUCGAGUAUGAUGGCAAAAUGUGAUCCUAGACAUGGUAAAUACAUGGCAUGCUGCUUAAUGUACCGUGGUGAUGUUGUCCCUAAGGAUGUAAAUGCAGCUGUAGCUACCAUUAAGACAAAGCGGACAGUUCAGUUUGUUGACUGGUGCCCAACUGGCUUCAAGUGUGGUAUCAACUACCAGCCUCCGUCAGUGGUACCUGGUGGUGAUCUUGCCAAGGUGCAACGUGCAGUUUGUAUGAUAAGCAACAAUACUGCAGUGGCUGAGGUUUUCUCCCGAAUUGAUCACAAAUUUGACCUCAUGUAUUCCAAGCGAGCAUUCGUCCAUUGGUAUGUGGGUGAAGGCAUGGAAGAAGGUGAAUUCUCUGAAGCUCGUGAGGAUCUUGCUGCUCUCGAGAAAGACUAUGAGGAAGUUGGGGCAGAAGGUGCUGAAGAUGAAGAAGAAGGAGAAGAUUACUAGACUACUUUUAAGGCACUGGUGGAAUUGCUUACCCCUCUGUAUAAGGAGAAGAUUACUAAUCUACUCUUAAGGCACUGGUGGAGUUGCUACCUCACAUGUCAUGUCUAUCUACCUUCUGAUGUUGUAUUGUGUCCAUGUUAAUCUUUCAAAUGGUCUAUGUUGUGUUUUUAUUCUUUUCUGUUUGAUGUGAAGGUAAAUAAUCAAACUUUCCUCUCUACUAUUGAUUUCUGGAUGUCUAUUCGAACUAAACUGUUAUUCUCAUUAAUAAAUAGUCGAGUUUAAGUGGUUUCGUUUGGUACAA